CUCACGAUCCUUACCGAAGACCUCCGAAAGUGUACGGAUAUUUUCCGACGCCCGAAUAGUCAGAGGGAUUGUGGGAUGCACGUGUUUUGUCCUCUUCAAGAGAUGUUUUGACCAACAUAAAGAAGACAGAGCGACGAUUACCAAUGAAUUAUGAACGGAGCAGUCAAGUUACCAAACAACGGAGAGUUAGAAUCUCUCUCCAGCUUCAAUCCGAAGGAAGAGUUUGAGAAGCGGCGAUGGGUUCUUAUAACUAAUGUUCCCGAUGGCGUCGAUUCAGAGGAUUUGAAGACAAAUUUCCUUCAAGGCUUUGAUGUUAUUGAUCUUAGAAUAGAAAAGAAUUCAGCUCAUGUACUUCUUGGAGCACCUGAGCAGGCUGUCAAUGCCAUUAACUCGCUCAACAGGCAAAGUUUUCAUGGCUGUGUUCUUGGUGUAUCUCUUGCCCCACCAGACAGUCUGUUAUUUGUUGGUAAUUUGCCAUUUGAAUUUAAAGAGGAACAGUUUAGGAGCCUAAUGAGCCCAUUUGGACCAAUAGAAAGAAUAUUCCUUGUGCGGAGUAUGUUUACAGGAGAAAGUAAAGGUUAUGGUUUUGUGGAUUACGUCACACGGGAGUCAGCUUGUCUUGCCAAACAACAGUUGAUGAGUACGGGUUCAAAAUAUGUUGGAGGACGAAUAUUAAGGGUGAACUUUGCUGAACCAAAUCUGCUAACUUAUGAAGAUUUACAUUCCAAGACUUUGUUUGUGGACAGGCUUCCUAGAGACUUCACUAAUGGAGAGGUGUUGAAAGAGUUAUUCAGUCAGAGUGGAUCAGUAACAUUCGCACAGGUUGCGGUAAAUCCUCAAACUGGCAUAUCUCGGGGAUUUGCUUUUGUGGAUUAUGGGACAGCAGAAGAGGCAGAACGUGGACAGAAGGCUCACAAUGGGGCACUGUUAGAAGGGACAAAUAUUCGUGUGGCAUAUGGAACUCCAGGAAGAACUGGUGCAAGCAUUCUUGGAGGACAAAACACUAAUGUGGGAGGUCAGUCAUCAUUUGGCCCUCGUCCAAGAGGUCCUGCUCCUCAUGUACCUCAAGGCCUUGACAUGAUGGCUGUCAGGGGCCCCCGUCCCCUCAUGGCCCCACGUCCACUGAUGGGUUCAGAGCCUUGGCAACAGGUGCCACGAGGACAUCCUGGAAGACCACCAAGGCCUCUCAGACCUGGUCUUACAGGUCCAAGGUUCACAGGAGGUAGGCCCAGGGGAGCUGCACUGGGGGGUGCAAGGGGAGCCCCUUUUGGUCAUGCACCUAGACCCCUCAUGGGCCAGCCCCCUGGAGCAAGGCCCAUGAUAAGACAUGCAGCAGGUCCAAGGGGCUUUGCUGGUAUGGGUGUGGGAGGUCCACCAGGGGCGAGACCUAUGGGACCCCGAGGAAUGCCCAUGCAACCCCGUCCUUUAAUGGACUUUGGGGAGCAGCCUGAUGGGACAGUUUUGCCUCCAGAACAGAUGCAGCCAGGGCCAGUGGGUCAUGACCCUUCCCAACAACAUAUGAGUGAGACAUCCAUCCCGGCCCUGAUGGGUGAGCCUGUAGGAGGGGGGGUCAUUCCCUCUGCUGUCGACCAAGGAGUGUUUGGUCCAAUGGGAGUACAGCCAGCGCUGCAGCAACAGGAAAUGUUAGUUCCUGCUCCACCCCACCAGCAGCAAGGAAUGUUAGUCCCAUCGCAGCUGCAGGGUCCAAGAUCAUCUGUGCCCCAGUUGAUGCAACUGCAAACAGUUUCAAGUGCUCCAGUUCCAGCAUACCCAGGUACCUUGCCAGUAACUCAGUCACAAGUGGCCUUGAUGCAGCAGGCUACCCAGCAAUCCAUCAUGGUACCCACCCAGCAGGUUGCAAGCAAUCAGCCGGUGAUGUAUGCUGCACCCAGUGCUGUACCAGCGCAGACUAUGGUACCUCAGGUAUUACACCCUGAUCCAGCCCCACUGAUGGCAGUAUCUACUUAUCAAAGUGUUCCUCCAGGGACAGUUGUACCAGGCCAAAGUGAUCCUAAUACAGUGCACUAUAGUACCCCUGGGGUCCAGCAGAUUGCUCAAGGUGACCCAGCCCCAAAUGGAGCAGCAAAUUCUGGAUAUGUUGUACUUCCUGCAGAUGCAACACAACAAACUGCCCUUUAUGCACCACAGGAAACCCAAUCCUAUGCUAUGCCGCAAUCUCUGCCAGGGCUGACAGCACAACAACCCAUGGCUCAGCUACCAAUGGGUAGUGUUCAACCAGCUGCCAUCAUUCAGCAACAGGCAUCAUCAUCUCAGCCUUCCUCCAUCCCUGCAGCAGCCCCUCCAACACCUCAAUAUCAGUGGUAUCAACAGAUGCCUCCUGCAGUGGGCAGUGUGGCAGCGUCUGCUCCACAAGCUCAAACCACACCUUCACAAGCAACAUCUGUGGGUGGUGUCCAAUGGCCUCAGGCUGAACAGGCAUCCCAACCUUUAAUGACUGUUCCAAGUGGUGGGAUGUAUGGACAGUUCCAACCAACACAGCAAUACCAACCACAACAGACAGUGACACCAGGCUCAGAAGCUAUGGUGUAUUACCAACAACCACAGUUACAACAACUUCAGCAGCAACAGGUGCCCCAGCAACAGCAACCUGUGCCUCUGAUGCAGCCUCAGCCACAGCAACAACAGCAGCAUCUCCAGCCACAGCCUCAGCCACAGCAACCAGGUGCAGUGUACCCAGGGCAGAUGGACAUGCCAGGAGCAGGUCAGCUAGGUUAUCCAUCAGUGGCUGCUCACAGUACUGAACAGGCUGUUUACCCAAAUGCAAGUGUAGCUCCACAACAUUCAGCUCCUCCAGUUGUGUACAGCAGUCAACAGCCAUCACAACUGGGUGCUCACCCACAGCUAAGUCAAAAGAGAGCUGCUGAAGGAGAAACAGGACAGUAUGCUCUGCAGGGACCUCCCAGUUACUAUGACAGCAACAAAAGACUGCGAUACUGAUGUCCUGGAAGGGCAAGCAUGGGUGAUGUGGUGAUGUGUAUUUGAAUGCUGAUGAUAAUGAUGAUACUGUCGUUCAUGAACAUGCUAAGUACUGUUAAUCAAUUACAGCUUCACAUGUACUGAUUACCCAUUUCCAACCUCCAAACCUCCUCAUUUUUGAUUCAGGUCAGGUACAAAACCUCUCAUGGAAAAUCAAGUUUUUUUCUAUUAGCAUUAAGUGCAUUUCUCUUAUCGAGAACUUUAACUUGACUCUUUCUGUGAAACGAAGGCCAAGGGCAUCUUGGAAAUGGCCCAAGAAGUUUUUUAGAUCAUGAAAAUUUAAAUUCCCUGUUCACCCCCACAGGUUUAUAUAUAUUUCCAUUCUUUGUGUUAUCAGGAUUAAUCUCAAAAAAAUUUUUUUAUAAUUGAUUAAAUAUUCCCCGAGAUAUGCUGCCUCAAAGUUUGUCCUUUGGCCAGGCCCUUUUGAUUUGGCCGGGCAAAGUUAAUACUGGUAACUAAAAGUCCCUCAUGACGUCAUAGCCAGAACGUCUUUCGGUCGAUGUGCCUACAUUCACGUUAUUUUAUGAAGGAAUAUGUCUUUAGACAAAUCUAAUGCAUUUGAGCAGCCAGCGACCACGCAACGAGUCAACAUUUUCACACCAUUUUACAGCAAUAAAUACAUGUUCUUAUACAAGAAGUUAACAUUCGUUCUUGCUGUGACGUCACUGAAUGUUGGAGGGGUAGUAGGUCCGAGACUCGGCCCAGUAAUUCUCUCCCAGCCAAGUCAAAAGGGCGUGGCCAAAAGAGUAACUUUGAGGCGGCAUAUCUCGGGAAAUGUUUAAUCAAUCGCAAAAUUUUU